AGGAGGAAGAGGAGGAGAUCCUGUCUUCAGCAGUGAUUAAGUAGUUUGUAUGAAACCAGGAGCCAAAGGUGUCCACAGCCACACAUCAGUAUUGAUCCGGACGGUGUUUGGAUGAUAUCCAUCAGUGUUAUUUAACCUGGUACUUGUGAGAAGCACUGCAACAACUGUGGACCAUGAAGAAGGUUGCUCUGCUGCUGGUUGUGUUGCUCGGCGUUGCACAUUUUGCAACUCUGAUCAGCUGUGAUGAUGAUGUUGCAGAGGAGAAGAAGAAGGAUGCUGAUGAAGAAGACAGUGAUAGUGAUAGUGAGGAUGAGGAUGAAGAUGAUGACACAGAGGUGAAAGAAGAGAACGGAGUGCUGGUUUUCACCAAUAACAAUUACGACACUUUCAUGGAAGGCAAAGACACAGUGCUGGUUGAGUUUUAUGCCCCAUGGUGUGGCCACUGCAAACAGUUUGCUCCAGAGUACGAAAAAAUCGCUCAGACUCUGAAGGAGAAUGACCCUCCGAUACCUGUGGCCAAAGUGGAUGCAACAGAAGCCAGUGAGUUAGGGAGCAGGUUCGAAGUGUCGGGCUAUCCCACCAUCAAGAUCAUGAAAAACGGGGAAGCUGUGGACUACGACGGAGAAAGAACAGAGAAGGCUAUUGUGGCCCGGGUGAAAGAGGUGGCUCACCCAGAUUGGAAGCCCCCUCCUGAGGCAACGCUGGUGCUGACCAAGGACAACUUUGAUGAGAUCGUUAACAACGCAGACAUCAUCCUGGUGGAGUUCUAUGCUCCAUGGUGCGGACACUGUAAGCGUCUGGCUCCAGAGUACGAGAAGGCAGCCAAGGAGUUGAGCCAGCGCUCUCCUCCCAUUCCUCUGGCCAAGGUGGACGCCACUAUUGAGAGCGAGCUAGCUACUCGUUUUGACGUUACAGGCUAUCCCAGCCUCAAGAUCUUCAGGAAGGGCAAAGCGUUUGAAUACAACGGACCCAGAGAACAGCGCGGCAUUGUUGACUUUAUGGGGGAGCAGGCAGGGCCUCCCUCCAAGCAGGUCCAAGCAGUAAAACAGGUGCAGGAGCUCAUUAAGGACGGUGAUGAUGCUGUCAUAGUCGGCGUGUUCUCCAGUGAACAGGAUUCAACCUAUGAGAUCUACAUUGAGGCUUGUAAUGCACUGAGGGAAGACUUCACCUUCCGUCACUCCUUCCACUCUGAAGUGGCAAAACUGCUGAAAGCUUCGCCCGGUCAGAUUGUCGUAGUUCAGCCGGAAAAGUUCCGCUCAAAGUAUGAGCCAGCGUCACACACACUUGAAUUAAAGGACUCUACGUUGGUGUCAGAAGUGCAGGAGUUCUUCAAAAAACAUGCAAUCCCUCUGGUGGGCCACAGAAAACCAAGCAAUGAUGCCAAGCGCUACACCAAGAGACCCCUGGUCGUGGUUUACUUUGGAAUUGACUUCAGCUUUGACUUCAGGAAAGCUACGCAGUUCUGGAGGUCCAAGGUGCUUGAGGUGGCCAAGGACUUCCCAGAAUACACGUUUGCCAUUGGUGAUGAGGAGGACUACGCAGAGGAGCUGAAGGGCCUCGGCCUGAGCGAUAGCGGAGAGGAAGUUAAUGUGGGAAUUCUGGCAGAUGAAGGCAAAAGGUUUGCUAUGGAGCCAGAGGAGUUUGACUCAGAUGUGCUGAGAGAAUUUGUUAUGGCUUUCAAGAAAGGAAAGCUCAAACCCAUCAUCAAAUCCCAGCCAGUGCCAAAGAACAACAAAGGACCAGUUAAAGUUGUGGUAGGAAAGACCUUUGAAGAUAUUGUUAUGGAUCCCCAGAAGGAUGUCCUGAUUGAGUUUUAUGCUCCCUGGUGUGGCCACUGUAAAAAACUGGAGCCUGACUAUUUGGCUCUGGGCAAGAAGUACAAGGGGGAGAAGAACCUGGUGAUCGCCAAGAUGGACGCCACAGCCAACGAUGUGCCAAACGAGAACUACAAGACGGAAGGCUUCCCUACGAUAUACCUGGCCCCAAGCAACAGCAAGCAGAACCCCAUCAAAUUUGAAGGUGGCGACAGAACACUAGAGGGCUUCAGCAAGUUCUUGGAAAAGCAUUCCACAAAGCUAUCACAGAAGAGAGAUGAACUUUGAAAAUAUCUCUUUUGAUGAUUAGCUAAGAACUCUUAAACAUGCUCGGGCAGUGUUUUUGGGGGGGCGGGAGGGGAGGUGAAGGGAAUGCAGUUACUGAGUUGCUGUUAUAAUUGCAGUGUUUGUUCAAAGAGAUUCAGCUUUCUUCUGUAUCUAAAAGCAUGUAAGCACUGUUGGAAGAUUUCAGU